UCUUGAUCUAUUACCUAGCCAGAGUUUUAGAGCCUUUUUCACCGCAGUGUCCAGUCCCCAUAAACAACAUCGACACCAGCCACAUCACGUGCCAAACCAGAUCGGGAUCCACUGGGAAUUUCUCGCGGCCUCAAGUUUGGACCGAAUAGAAGAAACCGUCCACCCCGUCCAUUGCGACAUAAAUCUUGCCUUUUCCAGCCCGGAAAAGCAAGUAUAGGAUUAAAAGGAGAACCUAAAUUUGCAACAACCACAAACAUGUUCUCCCGAACAGCGCUCGCAAGAGCCUUCGCGCUGCCAUAUGGGCAGUCCGCCCGGCCUCUCACCACCUCCUUCGGGGCCUGUCUGCGUCAAGCAUCAACAACGACCACGAGCUCGCAAUCACACCCCGAGCAAACCUCAGAACCACUAAGCGCAACCCCCCGCGCUCAAACCAGCACACCCAGCCAACAACCCCCCAUCUCCACACCAUCGAAUACCAUCCCAACCAGCAAACUCCCCGUGCCUCCGACCUUCACCUCCCCGUUAAAAGUGACCAAAUCUCUUCUCGAGAAGCUGCCAUACCUGACAACCCAAAAGCCGCACUAUAUUACUGCUCACCUCCACGACAAACCUUACCUCCUCACCGAAGGCGAUCACCUCCGUCUCCCUUUCUUGAUGCCCAAGGUGAAGCCCGGCGAUGUUAUCCGGUUUAACCGGGCGAGUGUUCUGGGAUCUCGUGAGUUUACGCUCAAGGGAGCACCGUAUGUCGAUGAACGGCUGUUUGAGUGCCGGGUGCGUGUUAUGGGAGUUGAUGCGGAGCCGUUGAGGGUGAAGGAGAAGACGAAGCGGAGACGGCGACAUGUGCAAAAGGUGCAAAGUAAGCACCGGUACACACUGUUGAGGGUUAUAGAUGUCAAGGUGAAGUCUGCGGAAGAGUUGCUGCAGGAGGGCGCUGUUAUUGUGGAGGCUGAGGAGGGUGCGUCUGAGGUGGAAGUCAAGGCAUGAAUGGAUUCUCUACCUCAAAGGAUACUCGAUAUGAAUAACGGGGUAUGGAGUGAAUCAGCGGAAAAGUGCCGUGUUUGGGCUGUCCCUUGCGGGCUACGGCUAGAUGGAUCAUGAUGGUCUUUUGGUCUUGUUCUAUAUCUGUUUCUUGGGCAUUGAGGCGGCUUGUACAGAUAGAUUUUUACUGCACAUUGAAUGGGUGCAUUGUAUUGUAUUCUAUAUUGCAAUUUGAAUGUUUAACUUUGAGUCAGGC